AUGGCUGAGAAACGCGAUCGAUAUGGCACAGGAGGAGAUCCAUCGAUUGCGCAGAGAGGGAAUGGAUAUGGAAGUGGGAAUGGUAAUGGAGCACGAGGAUAUAAUGGACGCGCGCCUCCAAAUUUGGGAUUUGAUGGAGAGGGGAGCUCAGUUUCGGGUCGCGGACCAAAUGAUAGGAGAUACGGGUCUAUGCCCCCAAACACGCCCAUGACGCCCUACACACCCUACACACCUUACACAUCAGUAACUGCAGGAUAUGAUGGCGGAGAGAGUUUUAUUUCAGCAGAGACACCGAGACACGAUCAUUAUUAUGGCGGAGAGAGUGCGAUUGGAGGACGUCCAGCAGUUACACCGGGAGCUGCAGGCUAUCGUGGCGGAGAAAGCUCUUACAAUGGUGGCACACCACAAACUGGGCGAUUUAAUGGCGGAGAAGGCUAUGCCGAAGGUCGCGCUCCUCGGCCAGGAAGAUAUGAUAUUGCUGAGAGUACUAUGUCUGUUGACACACCGCGAACUGCUCGAUUCGAUCCGGGUAUGGAAAGCUCUAUCGCGCAUCCCGAUACGCCACGUACUGCUCAUUACGAUACCACUGCAACUACCAUGUCCAUGGACCCAUCACGAACAGGACCAUAUGAUAAAGAGAAUAUAAUCACGGUAGCAGAAUAUUAUGAUCCAGAACGAGCACGAGAACAUGAACGACAAAUGAUGGAGCGCGAGAAAUCUGAACGAGAACGAGGAAUGCGCCAACCUUCAGGAAUGGAAUACGGGCCGCGACCUACGGAAUAUUUGAGUACAUCAGGAUCAUCUACGUCUUCGUACCUCGAUAUCUCUCGCCAUUUUCCUACAAAAGGAUUUAGUUUCAGGUCUUUCUUCUCGACACCUUCCGAAAAGUCUGAUUCGAAGAAGAAGAAAGAGAAGAAGAAGAAGAAAAGCAAAAAAUUGACGAAACACAAUACCUCUUCAAGCUCCUCUUUGAAUGAAGAUUUAGCUUAUGGAACCGGAUUUCUCAGAUACAGAAGGAAGAGGAGUGUGAGAGCUAGGGAUGGCAGAGACAGGCAGUGGGAAACCAUAGGAUAUAAGUCUAGCAAGGAAAACUUGAGAGAUACUCGAUCUCCCACGAAUGACAGACCUGCAAGCUCGAAACGACCAGCUACAGAUGCUGAACUUUUGGCUUUAGGUGCUGGAAUCGCUGGACUUGCCAAACUUGCACUCGACCAUAGCAACAAAGACGCCAAGAAUGGUAAGAACGGGCGCGGUGUUCCUGAACCCGUUACUUCUAGCCGAAGGGAUGAGCGUGGCCUUCCACCUUCCAAGGCUAUUCCAUACGAAACCGACCCUAAUGAUGAUGAGGCAUGGGAAUCAGCUUCUGAGGACGAGUCAGAUUCAAGUGUUGAUACUGGUUUGGCGUUCGGAGGUGGUAGUAAUGUUGGCAAGAAAAGCCAGGCUGGCUUGUUCGGACGCAAGAAGACCCACGGCCCAAAGAGUCGAAAGAGUAACGUGGUCGAUCCAAGACUUCUUGGGCCAGAGAAUUCCCUCAAUGGGUAUUUAUCAGAUAGGGCUGUAGGCUUCGAAGACGUGCAAUGGGAAUCGGGUAGUGACUUUGGUCAACACACUUACAUUCCUUACAGUCAUCCAGACAGACAGGUGGAUACUUUGUAUGUGCACGAAAGGGUGAGGAUAAGCAGGACCCAAAGUGUUGGAAGUGGUUCGCAGACCCCUCUUCAAGAAGUCUUCCCAGUCCCCACCAAUGAUCCCUCUCGAUUCGAUGUGGCGCGAGCAUCUUCGUCCGAAUACAAUGCCUCUAGACCUGCACCAGUUCCAAUUCAGCAACCUCAACCCAUCACUCCGGUUUCUCAUAGUGUUUAUCACGAGUCCAACUACGUUCGUUCAGAAUCUGGCGGGAUCUUGAAAAGCUCUUCUGGUAGAUCUAAAUCUUUAGCUGGCGCGGCCUUAGCUGGCGUAGCUGGAGCCGCUGUUGGAGCUGCAAUUGCAUCUGAUCGUCGAGAUGAAAAUGAGAGUUACCGUGAUGAUGAUAGAAGGGACAACCGGAGCUAUAGUGAAAGCGCUGUUAAUCGACGAGAGAGCAAUCGAAAAGAGCGACGCUACGAGGAGGAUCAAUACUCAAUUGCCGAUAGCAGCGUCUCUAAACCUCGAGAUGAAGACCGAAAAGAGCGCCGUCGUGAUUAUGACCAAUCUUCUAUCGCUGAUAGUAAUCUCACUUGGGAUGAAAAACGAGAGAAACGUCGCGAGGAGCGAAGAAAAGAUGAUUCUAGAAGCUCCACUUCUAAUUCUGAUCGUGAUAAGAAUCGAGAAAGGAGUCGUGAUGAUCCCGAUGCUGCUGCAGAGGAGCGAGAGAGAAGACGACGAGAGAGACGCGAAGAGCGACGUGCACCUGAUCGCAUUGAAGACAACUAUGAAGAGCGCCGAGCCCACGUACUCUCAGAAAUAUCGGCAAUGGCUCGCACACCAACGGAUCCAUUCCAAUAUCAGGUUGCAAAUACACCUCGCGAGGAAAGCUCUAGCCGUCAAGCUAAAGAUCAAUCUGCACCUGCUGUUGUUACUGUCGAACGCGAACCGGAUUUCAAUCGAAAGCAAAAUUCAUCGAUCAAAGAAUCAUCUUCUAUCUCACGCUCCGAAUCGCGCACUGAGAUUUCCAUCAAGAUUGACAAGGAACAGCGAUACAAAGAACAUGCUAGAACCCUGCAUGAUGCCGAGAUGAUCUAUGAAGAAACUGAACAUUCUACAGCCCCUAUCGAGGCAGCAGCUAUUGCCGCCGCCGCCGCUGCUUUGGCUAGGGAAAGUCGCCGAGAAUCAAGAUCAUCGAAACGACGAGGAGAGAGACGAACUGACUCUGAGGAUCUUUCAAAGGACGGUGAUUCUGCCGAAGCCCCGGGACAAUCGCACGAUGAAGUUAUGGCAGAAGCAGAUCGAGCUUAUCGUGAAAUUCUCAUGGCUAGGAAAGUUGCUGCAGAAGUCCGCCGCUCUCGCACUCCAUCACCUGAGCGCUCUGUGAUGAACAAAUACGAAGAAGAGCCAGAAGAAGAACCGCCACGAAUUGUCACUCCCCCCGGCAUGCAUGAACGCAAGAAAGGUCCCUAUGAUGCACCAAAUGCUGAUUUCAAGCUGGAUUAUAUUAUGACACCUAGAGAUCUAAAAGUCUACAGCAUUCCAAGCAGGCGAUAUAAGGUUGAUGAAUCUGAUUUGAAGGGUCCAUUCAUGACAAAGGAUGCGGAUGCUAAACUGCCUCGACCUAUGUUGAAUUUGAUUCGGCCCACCCCUACUUCAACACCAUCACCCGAGAAACAGUUCGCCACCAUGGCUAAGAAUGGAAAUGUGAAGAAGGAAAGUUCCAAUCGGUCGGGUGAUCGCCCAGUUGAAAGUCGCCGUUCUGAACCUGAGCCUGAACCUGAACUUCAUUCCAAGACCAAGGAUAGAGAUGGAGAGCGUGAACAACCUUCUAUACAAUCGCAAGACGAGCCAGCCCAACCCCAACCCAAAGAUCAAGUUGAGGAUCGUGAACAAACUCCAUUAUAUCGAUCACAAGAUAAGCCUAGCGAUACAGUACAGAUCCGCGAACAGAUCCGCGAACAGAUCCGCGAGCAGACUACAUCAUACCGAUCAAAAGAGGAGUCACAUGAUCAAGAUCGACCAAAACGUGAUAGAAGAGACAUUCCUCCCAUCAUUAUCGGUCCAAGGGGAGACCUUAUUCGCUCAUCUGAUGUUUCUGUUCCAUCUCCCACUCAGUCCACAGUCUCAAAAGCUGUCACCUGGGGCCCAAACGAGACAAAACACUUUGAAGUUGAAAGUCCCACCGAACCAAGGGAUGAUUACAUUUCCGAUUCAUCCCCAGAAACUCCUGAGAAGCCAAGGUUUUCAGAGCCAAGAUUUUCAGAGCCGAGAUUUUCAGAGCCAAAAUCGGAGUCGCCAACUGAACCAAAAUCUCCGAGCGGAUGGGCCGCGAUGGCAGCAGGCAUUAUUGGUGCAGGUGUGGGUGCCGCAGUAGCAGGCUCGAGUGAAUCUCCUAAUCGACCUGAGCGACCUGAAUCUCCUAAGAAACCUGAGCGAGCCGAGGUAAGUGAGCUCGCCAGGAUCUUAAAAGCUAGGGAGAGUGAACGACCCGAAUCUCCUAAGCGAGCUGAGAUCAGUGAACUUGCUAGAAUUCUGAAAGAAAGAGAAAAGGAGCGACCCGAAUCUCCUAAGAAACCCGAGCGAGCCGAGGUAAGUGAACUCGCUAGGAUCUUAAAAGCUAGGGAGAGUGAACGACCCGAAUCUCCCAAGCGAGCUGAGAUCAGUGAACUUGCUAGAAUUUUGAAGGAAAGGGAAAGUGAGCGACCUGAAUCUCCCAAGCGUGCCGAAGUCAGUGAACUUGCUAGAAUCUUGAAAGCAAGGGAACAGGAGCGCAACGAAAGGCCUUAUGAGUACCGAGGCGUGACGGUAGAGCCUGAGAGUCCAUACGGAGAACCGAGGCGAGAUAGUCCACCUCGAGAUUUGCGAAGAGACAGUCUGUAUCGAGGUGUGACUGUAGAGCCUGAGAGUCCAUACGGAGAAACAUUUCGAGAUGUGGACAGAGACAGUCUGUACCGAGGCGUGACGGUAAAGCCCGAGAGUCCAUAUGGAGAAAUGAGAAGUGAAAGUCCACCUCGAGAAAAUAGAAGGGAAAGUUCAUCCCAGCAUACGAGAAGAGAUAGCCCACCAAGCGUCGGUCCCAAGCCCGUUUCGCCACGAACUUCACAUAUGCCUGGUGCUUUCGACGACGAUUUGGAUUUCACUGCAACAGUGGCAGCUGGGUUGCAAGAUAGUGGCUUCGAUCCUAACAUCGUGGUUGACGACGUCGCGUUCCGAAAACGUGAUUCCCCACCUGGUUCUAAUGAAUACAAAAAGCCAUGGGCAGAAUCCAUCGACGAUCUCUCGAGCAUUCCCGGCGAAAGCUCUUCAAAUCGUGGCUUUGUCAUGGGCGAGGUGCUAGAAACUCCAAAAGAUUGGUCGAGUGUAUCGCCUGCCAACGAAGAAUCACCCAGUCUUACUAGGAAAGAACAGAAAAGGCUUGAAAAAGAACGGAGACGAAGUGGUGGUGAUGUAGCAUCGCCAAUCACUGAAGUUAUUGUUGAAGAACCUGAAAGCUAUUUUGAUCCCUCUAGGCAGAGUAAAAAAGAAUCAAGGAGACGUGACAAGGAGGAAGUGAGAACACAAUCACUUCUGAGGGAAGAAUCUUCAUUUGUUGAUAUUUUGCCAAACCGCGAAAUAGUCGAAGAACCGGAAAGUUAUGUUGAGCCUGUUGAAACUCCCAAGAAGCCCAAAAAGUCAUCUCGAUCAUCAACGUAUGAAGAUAUCGACCUUGAUUCAAAACCAAAAAGGAAAUCUAGCAAGCGCUCAUCAACUUACGACGGCAAAGUCGAGUCUCCAUUGCGUGAAAGUCGUAGGACCUUCUCCAUGGAUGAUAUCAAAAGUGGCGACGAAUCCAGAAUCCCUAGAAAGUCGAAGCGUGACAGUGUUAGAUUUGACUCACCCCCUCCAGAGUUUGACUCCGAAUCUGGCAGAUCAUUGAGAAGAAAGUCAAAGGAGAAAUUGGGAAGCAAGAGUGAACGUUAUGAUUCUCCUGACCCUUCACAAAUCUCAUUACCAGCCUCUGAUAAUUAUGAAGAUAUGGAGCUAUCAAGAGAGCCAGAUCGCCCAUCACGUCGAGAUGGCGAUGAUCCAUUGUGGGCUUCAUCCCGUUCAAUCUUAUCAGCUGGUAGUAGCUCAAAGGUGGACGAAGAAGAUUCGCCACAAAAGAACCGAAAGGAUCGCAGCAGCACCAAAGAAAAUAACGAUGCUACACGACCAAUUGCUUCAGAACCUAUUCGCGACGAUAAUGAAGAUUCAAAGAAGAAGACAAAGGAAGCAACGCCAAAGAAGAGUGGUGGAUUGUUUGGUUUCUUUAGUGGUGCAAAGGCAGAAGCAGCAAAGGAGGAACUAACGAAAGGAAGUCGUGAUGAUCCUGACGAUGUCAAGAAGAAAAAGAAAAAACGGAGUUCAACGGCAGAUGGAAUAACUGAGGGCCAAUCUUUCAGUGAUUCUCAACUGGUUUCAAGUGAGACCAAUGGCCACAAAACACGCGGUGAGGAUGGUGUGCAAGAUUCUAGGAAUGAUGGAGAGAGGAAGAGGAGUAAAAGUUCAGAUUCGAAGAAGGGUUCUUUUUUAGAUAAUGCCGGCAUCCUUGGCGCGGGUGCCGGCCUUGCUGCUGGUGCAAUUGCAAUUUCUGCUCAGCACCAACAGCAACAUGCCGCUAAUAAUAAUGAUAGCGAGGGAAGUACGGGGGAUAUGGGAAAGCUGGAAAGAGAGGAAGAUAUAUUGGAUCCAGAGAUUAUCGAACGACAAAUCAGACCCUCAAUUGACCCUCAAUAUGGAGAUCUUUUACCAUUGCCGCCAAGUGGUUCAGUUUCACCUAAUUGUGAACCAAUUGAUGACCUGCCCAAACUUCCAGAAAGUCGACCUACAACACCUGAAUCUGAAAAACGGACUGAGACUCCUGUAAAAUCUCCAAGCCAAAGUGCCGUGCCAUUAAAAUUCGUCAUGGGAAACCGAUCCAAUCCGGCCUCACCUAUUAUAACGAGAUCUACUGGUAAUACGCCCUUUCCUACUUUUCAUCCCUCUCCAAUUGCAGAAUCAGCCACAAUUCCAAGAUCUAGAUCAAGACCUAUGUCGUGGGAUAAUACCAAGGAAUUCAAGCCCCUGUAUCUAUUAGAGACUAACAGACGUGGGUCGUUCGUGCCAGAAGAGUUAAUUGACCCGCUCCCACAUUUACCUCCGUCCCGAACCAAUUCAGAGCUUGACGUGGCGGAUCUACCCGAAUCGGGCUUUUUGGAAAAAUUGGACCUUCACCGCCCUUCACUAGACCCACUUUCAACCAACCUCCCCUCCGAUGAUCACACCUCCGGAGAAUCCACACCGACUGCGAUUGCUUUUAAAAGGGACUUAGCGCCAUCAGUGGAGUUUCUUCAAGAUUCUUUCCCCUCACUGGAAGAAAAACAAACUUUAUCUUCUGGUGCAUUUCAUGAACAAUCAUCAUCUGAAACAGUAGCUAAAGCCAUUGGAGCCGCAGGAAUUGCAACUGCAGCCGGCCUUGCUAUUGCAUCUCAUGGUACAAGCGAUGAACAGGAACCAAGGUCUUCUCAAGAGAUCCAGGAAAAGAGUGGAAACGACAAUUUAGAAUAUUCAUCUGAGUCACAUGACAUGCCCUCCGAACGGGAGGAGACAUUGCAAAACUUAAGUGGAGCUUCGAGCAAUCAAACCAUGAGUAUUGAAGAGGAGGUCGAACAGACCGAAGAAUUUCCUUUGUCAAAUUUCAAGAAAAAUGAGGGCAAAGGUUUGACGCUUGAAUCAGAUGACAUUCAUGACCAAGCCGAGAAUACUCCGGAGCCCAUUCAAGAACUCUCCAAUCCAGUUGAAGAGGAUGAUGCCGAGUCCGUAGAUAACUUCUCUACACCAGAGUCCAAGAACAAUCAGGGUAAGAAUGGAACAGCUGCAUUAUCUCAGGAGCCCGAAUUGGAACUCCAAAGCGAAAUUCCUAGUCAGGAGGAUACACAAGGACCAAAAUCCGACUAUGCUUCAAGUGAACCACAUGAUGUGACCGGGCCGGAUAGAGAUCUUAUCGAACAAGCAGCUACCUCCGAGGCUCAACUCGUUGAAUAUCCUACUCAGAACUCCGAAGAGGAGAAAGUACACGAGAAAGCAGACAAUAAUGUUCUAUCCUUCGAGCCCGAAUUGAAGACAAGACAUGUGGACAGCGUAGAGCCUCUCAAACCUAUGGAUGAAACCCUUUCAAUUGACAAAUCGGUUGAUGAACCGCAACAGCAAGUGCAGGAAUCUGGCCAAAUGGAAGAAGCUUUGCCUUCAGUUGAGAUUGACCAGAUCGAGGAACUCUCUGUUCCCAAGUCCAAGAAGGACAGGAAGAAGGACAAGAAGAAGGCAAAAGCUGAUGCUCUCAGACUGGAAGGACUCACUACUGAGCCAAUCGUUGAAUCUGUGAUUGAAGUUCCAACACGAGAACCAUCACUUGAGGCAUCGCCAGAGCUUUCCCGCGAGAUUUCCCAGCCAUCUUCUCCUCUAGCCAGCCCCGAGGCACAAGCAUUCAAUGGUUCUGCACUGCCUGAAAAUUCUGGUGAUAUCACGCCCACAGUUUCCGAGUCUGCUAGCCCCAAAUCGGAAAGAGAUAAGAAGAAGUUGAAAAAAUCUAAGCCGAUUCCUCUUGAUCCACAACCAGAACAAGCUGUGGUUCAACCCGAGCUCAAUGAGGCUGAGCUGUCCCAACCUGAAGAUGUCACGAGAAAUCAUCUAGAUUUGUCUCAAGAAUUAGUUCAAGAACCCAUCCAAGCAGAACCUACCACGCCUGUCAAUAUUGAGCUAAUUGAAGAGUUCUCAACUCCAAAAUCCAAGAAAAGCAAGAAGGACAAGAGAAAGGCAAAGAAGGAACAAAUUGCGAAUGUCGAGCAGAACCCAAUUGACGUCACUCAAGAGCAGGAGCAAGUACCUGAACUGCAAGAUAAGGAACUACCAGAAGCUCUUACUUUUGAAGAGACGCCGAACCUUGAUGAUACUAUUCACGCUAUCGCCUCUCCUUCUUUGAAGAAGAAUGGAAAGAAGAGCAAAAACGGUAAGACUGCAGAGAUAGAAGGACCCGUGGAACCGACAAUUUCUGGUCCUAUUCCAGAGGAUGUGUCAGAGAAACCAACACCAAUGGUUGGACCUGGUGGUUGGCCAAUCACUCCUGCUACUCCAUGGACUGCCGGCGCACAAGAAAUCUCUUCAUCGAAUGAAAAAGACUACUUUCCAGCUGCAGAAACAAUACUACCAAUUAUCACAGCUGGAGAUGCUGUAAUUGGUGCAGAACAGUUGAAGUCCAAUGAUAUUUCUGAAGAUAAGAAUGGUUCUAACAGCCUUGCUGCUGGACAUGAAGAUAGUCAACUCGGACUUGCAAACCAAUCACCAGAGGAAUCGAAGCCACAAGAAAUCGUGAUCGAGGAUGUUUCUAAAGAUCUUGGAGAGGAUGUCACUGAAUUCAACGGACUUUCAGCCGGCUCUCAAGAAGAUGAAUCAUCUCUCCCUCGCCAGUUACCUGCGGAGAUUGAAGAUAACAUUGAAGAGAAUCAUCCACGACAAGAAGAACGGGAUCAAAUUUCUGCAAUCGAGAUUCAAGAGGAAGAGAAGCCCAUUUCCAAUGAGACUGAAGCCCCGGGUGGAUUUGAAGCUGGAUUCAAAGAUGACCAACAAGCGCUUUCUAAGGAUUUGAAGGAGGAACUUGAAUAUAGUAGUGGCAAGCACGAGAGAGACGAUAAAAGUGAAGAGCACGCUAAUCAAGAUCAAAUCGAAGAGGUUCCUUCUGAUAUUUCUUCCUCAGAUAAUGCUAUCAAGGGUUUGGACGAGCCAACAAAUGUCCCUACCCCUCAGGCAGAGAUUAUCGAGGAUCCAGCGAUCAAAGCUGUACUUGAAGAACCAGAGGAGAUUGCCCAAGCUGAAAUGAAGCCACAAAUGCCCGAAGACAGUGUCCCCGUCGAGAACGUUAUCAAGGAACAGACUCCUUUGGAAGAGAUCUCCACAAUGGUGCAAGAGUCAGAGAGCAUCGAAAAUACGCAUAUCGACCAGGAUUUUCCAGAGCCAGCAACGACCGAAAACACACCCAUUGAUCCGAUCAUUUCAGCACCAGAACCCGAGGUAGAGACCCAGAGCAAGGAUUCCAAGGAACAGGAGAACCUCGACAGUUUGUUUGCAUCUAAUCCUUCCGAAGACAUGAAGACACCCGGUACCUCGGAAGAAAAUACGCCUGUAGAUGCCUCUCCAGAGCACCUCGAGCCUGAGCAUUUGCAAGGUCCCGAUGAAGCCUCUAUUGCCAUCGACCCUAUGCCGGAAUCUGCUACUAUUGACAAGAGUCAAGACAAUGUGAUUGAACCGACACCCAUUGAGGAAGUUUCUGUUUCCGAGAAUGCGGAUCAAGCCAACAUUGAGGAAGACAAGACACAAGGAGAAGAACCUGCUGAUUUUAAGCAAGAAAUUCCGGACGCACCUCUGAAGCCUCCUACUGUAGACCGUGAAAUCGAAUUUUCUGCACCUCCCAAGAAGUCUGAGAAAGAUAAGAACAAGCGUGACAAGCAAGUACAGGAUUCAAUUGAAGAAGAUGCCGUUGCCAAGGACAUCAAACCCACUGGCGAGUCGUCCAAUAUAGAAAUGCCAAUUGAACAGCCAAAUACUAUGCCUGUGGAACAAAUUAUUACGAUCCCCGCGAAAGAGCAAACUUCUAACGAUGCACCGAUGACAGCAGGACUUUCUGGCCUCAUGGGCCCUUUGACAGGAAGAAAAAAGGGUGUUUUGGAAAUGGUUCAAGCUUUGGGAUGGGGCAAAAAGAAGGACAAGGCCGCAAUUGCCGCUGCUGAGCAAGGACUCCCUCCAAGACCAUCUACAGCACGCGCUGCAUCUGAAUCUUUUAUGUCUACACCACGCGUUGUGUCUGAGUCCGCCAUGCCAAAGGACAUCGAGACUGAACCUGUCAAAGCACCGUCGCCUACUACGGAACUUGAGGAAUGGGCUCUGGCAGACGAAAACUCGAAGACAAAUUCAAAGAAGGGCAAGAAGAUCGCAAGCGAAGAUCUCGAGUCAGUGCCAAGUACAAUCAUCGAGGAAGAUCCUUUACCCAUUGAGCCCAAGGAAGAAAUUGCUCAAAACAUCAUGGAGCCAUCAGUCACACAAUCGACAGAGGAUGUACAAGAUGACCAAUCACCUAAAAGACAGAAGGGCAAGAAACGUCUCAGCUUACAAUCGUUCAUAUCCGAAGAGGCCUCCAAAGCAUUCAGAGCCAGGGAAUCCGCCAAUCAAGGACCAGAAACUCCGGCCUUAAAGGCAGAGCCAGCUUUCAUCGAACAAUCUCAUGAAUUCACUUCAGAGCCAAUUAUCGAUACACCAGUUGAAGAAGCGAAAAAUACUGAAUCCAUGAUUGAGGUUCCAAACAUGAAAAUGAAGGAAGAUGAGAAGAAACGCCGAAGUUCGCAAUCCUCUGCGUCGGAAGAAAUGCCAAAGGAAGAGGCAGAUGUGUCGAGAGAUGCUGUUAUUGAGAAGGAACCCGAGCUUCAAGCACCGGAAAUCCAUGAGCCAUCUGCUGAAAGCAGUAGCGAGCCUUCUGAAUUCCAACGCGAACCUACUCUGGAAGAGAGUCAAGCUCCCGAACUGUCUAAUGAAGAUGCCCCUGAACCAGUUGUCGAAACCCCUAGGGAACCCGAGGAACUUGAUCGUGAGGCUAUUCAGGAGGAUCUUUUUACUUCAUCACCACAGCCUGAGCACAUUCCUGAACCAAUUGUUGAGAACCACAGCAAAUCAUCGGAACCUCCUCACUCGAUUGACCAAGAAAAUGUUUUCGUUCCGGAACCUCUUUCGGAGGACACUCCGGAGCAAGCAACGCUUGAAAGAUCAAACGAGUCUUCGGAUGUUCCUCGCGAGGUUAUUCAGGAUGAUGAUAAUUCACCACAAGCAUCAUUUGGCUUUGUUACUGAGCCAAGCGCGAUUGAUAAUGAGGCUUCUCCACCAAAUAAAUCCACUCUCGAGAAACCCCCGAAGAAUGUCGAUAUUUCUGAACCAAGCUUGGUUGAUGAAUCUUUCUUGCCAAAUGAAUCGAGUCAAGAUGAUAUCAUGGCAUCCGUCGAGUAUGUUGAACCAGAUGCAAGUCUUCAAGAGUCUCGAUUGUCAGUUGAACCUCUUUCUGAGGAGUUGGACAAUGCUAUUGAAGUUAAUAAGCCAGACACUGUUGAUGAGCUUACUCUACCAAGUCACAUUGUCUUCGAGGAAGAUUCGAGAGAGGUUGAAGUUGCUGAGCCAAGUCAUGACAACGAUCAGUCUUUCUUACCACAAAAGCCACUUCUCGAGGAAACUCAUAAGGAUGUCGACGGGUCUUUGACGAAGCAAGUUAUUCCACGGGGGGAGUCAGGAACUCUGGAAACUUUCGAGCCAAGCCAUACUGAUGAAGAGACUCUCUUAUCUACUGAACCUGCAAUAAAAUUUGAAACAGUUCAAGCGCCAAGCGAAAUUGAUCCUGCCGAGGAAACGGAAGUCCAAGAUGAAUCGACCUUACCCAUCACUAAGAAGUCCAAGAAAAACAAGAAGAGUAAGAACAAGUCCCAGUCAGAGCCCGAGGUGCCAAUCGAAGUCGCCAAAGAGCCUGAACAGACUCUUCUUGUUGAGGAACAAAUCUUGGAAGAGCCUUUCGUAACCGCGGAAUCAAGCAAUCGCGAAGCCUUGGAGCAGCCGCUCGAAAGAUCAGUUGAGACCAUCGAGCCAGAAAUUCGUGAUGUCUUAGAUCCUGCUUCUGUACCACUUCCGGAGGAUGAUAUCAAUGAGAGUAUCGAACUUGACGAACCCACAGGCUUCGAGAAUCUACAGCCAUCCCUUAACCUUAGUCCAUCAAUCCCAAUUCCUGAAGAAACAACUAUCAAACCAGAGAUCGAGGAGCCCAAGAGUCUUGAAGACUUAGAUGAUUCUGAGCAUGCAGCAUCAAUCCCAUUGCCGGAAGACAUUGUGAUGAAUCCAACCGAGGACAUCGAGCAUCAAGGUCAUGAACUUGCGGAAGCACUUAAACCAGUUCCAGAUGCUGUGGAGAAGACGAUUGAAACCCCCUCCGACAUCGACAUCCCCGAAAGCAAAGAAACAUUGGAAUUUUCAGAACCGAUUUCUCCCAUUCUAGAAAAGUCUUCCCAAGAACCUGCUCCAGUCUCACCAAAGAGGUCUAGAAAAGAUAAGAAAAAGCGCAAGUCUGCUACACCAGUGCCAUUGGCCGAAGAGUCUCUUUCGUCAGACCCACUCUUCGAAAGCGAAACAAAAGCUGUCGAGCCAACAACGGAAGAAGCAAGACUAGUUGUUUCAGAACCUCCAAUUGAUAGAUCUUCGGAAGAAGUGAUGUUCAGCAAGUCACAAGAAGCCGAGUUUCUUUCAGAAUUGAUCGACCCAGAGACCGAACAGAAGGGCAUCGAACCGACGGAGGACAUUACAACUCCAAGUAUCUCCGAUGAGAUUGAACACGUUCUCCAAGAAAAACAUGCUGAGCCACAUGCUGAAGUUCCAACCGAGGAAUCCGAGAAAGAAAGGGAAGAGCAAAAGUUUGAAGUACCUAUUCUAGACUCUGAAGAUAUUACUUCCCAAGCCCCACUGAAGCCUUUACCGAUUCAACCGGACGGCGAUGUAUCAAACCAAGACACCGUUCCGAACUCCACCAAGUCAAUUCCAGAGAGCGUGCAAACGGCCAACGAGAAUAUAUCGAAUCCCAAUCUGAACGAUGUUGAGGUUAAACAAGACGAUACUCCCAAGUCGGUUUUGGACAUCCCUCUUGAACAACAUGAUCUUGAAUCUGGAUCCAAAGAUAUCACAGACUUCUCAGAAACAAACUCUCCAGAUGCUCCAGUCAUUGAACUAAAAGAGGACGAAAAGGAGCGCAAAUCUCUUCACACAAGUCCAUCAUUUGAGCUUCCUAUGGAAAGCACGUCAGAAAUGACCGAACUUUCCCAGCCAAUCAAUCAAGCUUCAGAAGAGGAACUUCAUGGCAUAGAACCUGCGGAGACUGUCAGAGAGAUCGUCCAGCAACCAACAGAGCUUCAAGAACAUGCCCUUGAGCAAGAACAAACAGAGGAAGAUCCCAAGGUAUUUAUGGAGCCAGUAAUCGAGUCAAUUGCAUCAGCACCAUCGACAAACAUUUCUCAUGGACCAACUGUUGAGUCUGAAAAUUUCAAGGAAGAUGACCUCACACCACAGGAACCAAUUGUGCAACAAGAAUCACCAAGCGAACCAAAAAGCAUCGCGGAGCCAUCCUUAUUACCACAUCAAAUCAUUGAGCCGGAAAGUGUAAACGAGGAAACUUUCCUCCCGCAAAAUUCAAUGAUCGAUUCAAGUAUUGAUGAGGAGGCACCUCAAUCACAGGAACGAUUUCUCGAGCCAGGAACCAGAAACGAAGAAAGCUUUUUACCGCAAGAAUCAACAAUUGAAUCACGAAUCAGUGAAGAGCCAACUUCACAGCAAGAGCUAGAAACUGUGCCAGAAAUUUCCAGUCUCGAAUCUAGUCUGGUACAAGACUCGGUCGUUGAGCCAACACCAGAGGAAGAGCAAAUUGUUGUACAGAAACCAGUCAUCGAGCUCAACAUUCCUGAACCAGCACAAAUUGCUUUGCCAGAAUCACCAAUUGACCAAACAUCAUUCGAGCAAGAAUUGUCUUUUCCACAAGAGUCUCUAACUGAGCCAGAGGUUAUUGAAGAAGCACCUAUUAUUCAAGAUCGUGCAACUGGUCCUCAGAGUUCGGAUAUUAAGCUGGUCAUUCCACAAGAAUCGCCCCUGGAGCAAAACGUUGUUGAGCCUGCACAAAUUUCUUUGCCAGAAUCACCAACUGAGCAGGAAGUAUCUGAACCAGAAGUUUCAUCUCAACAGGAGCUCGUUUCUCAAAAUCAUAUUGUUGAAGAACCAAGUCUUUCACGAGAGCACCAUGUCGAACCGAAAAGCUCACAUCCCGAAUUGGUGAACUAUUCAGAAUGGCCUCUUGGACAAAAGACUGUCGAGCCAGAACAAAUUGCCUUGCCAGAAUCACCGAUCGAACAGGAAUCAUUUGAACCAGAAGUACUUUUUCGACAAGAGCCUGUAGUUGAGUCACAAGAUCGUCCAGUACCAAGCGAUUCAUCAGAAUUGCUAUUUGAGGAAAAGGCCGGAGAGAAAGAAUUGUCUUUUCCACAAGAUACCGUUGAUCCGGAAAUAACCGACAAGGCACUCAACCCUCAUGAACAGGAUAUCAAUUCCAAAUUUUCUGAGCAAGAAUCAACUGUUUUACAAGAAUUACCGAUCGAGCAGUCAAUUGGUCAACCUUUAGAGGUCAACGGUGAAGAGCCUGUUUCCGAAUUAAACCCCAUGGAUGAUAUGACAAUUCCACAAGAAUCAUCGAUUGAGCCAACGAAGUUAGAAUCAGAUAUGUCAAGUUCGACUAUCGUACCUGAAGAAUCAGCGAGGGAUCUCGAACCUGGUUUCCUCAAUGAAUCUGGCAAAGAAAAGGAGGAACGAGAAGAGAAUUUGGACAUUUCAGAAACCUCCGGAGAUCCCAGCAACGUUACUUUGACUUUUCAAGUACCAGAAAAUCAAGCGCUAGAAAUCGUCUCCGAGUCAACACCAUCUGAUCCUAUCAUUGAGCCUGUAUCAAGCUCGCCAGAUGUCGUUUCCGAAAAUCUUGAGCCAAUUGCAAAUGUGGAGCAAAUCAAACCAGAUCUUGUUGAACCUACAUCGAAUACAGAACCAAUCGCCAAUGAACAAGUUAUCGAUUCUACCCUUGAGGACCCUGUACAUGGUCAGCGUCCUACCGAAAGUCUGACUGCCGAGACUGGAUCAAUACAAAGAGAUGAAUGGGCUCAGCCGAUCGAGGAGUCAAAAGAGGUAGAAAAGGAGGGUGAUGAUGUCUUGCAACCAAUGAAAGAGCAAUCUGAUGUUGCGCCUCAGGCCUCAGAAAUCACAAAUACGCCGUUUGAGAUCACAGAUAAGUCAUCCAUGGGAGACGAUGUAAAAGAACUGGCAAACGGGGAUAUAACAGAGACCGAUGAUGAGUCGUUCUUGGACGCUGUUGAAUCUUUUCCCAUUGAAGAUACUCCGAUGAAUUUGACCCCUCGGGCUUCACGAGAGCCUGUUGAGGCUAUUGAGCCCGAGUUUGAAGAACUUACUCAAGAACCUGCAGAACAAUCCAUUCCGGAAGUUAUCAAGCCACUUCACGAAGAAGAAUUCAUUCCAGCCCCUAUGCCUGAGACUUUACGACAAAACGAUGAUGCGUUUCCUAAUUCAGAAGAUGUUACACUGGACGAGCACAAAUCAAUUCCAGUCGAUGAGUUAUCAAAAAAUGAUUUACCACGAGAGAUGCUGAAUGGAGAGCAUCCAAAAGAAGAGCACAGACCAGCAGAUGAUGAUGUCACUGAGGGCUUGACCAAGAAUUCCAAGGAUAUAAAUGAUCGUGAGUUUGGAUUUUCUUCACCGGUACAGUUUAUCCCCAAAGACACCCAAAUAGGAGUACCGGAUAUUGUGGAGCCAGUACCUACAGAGAUAACACUCGAUGAAUUCAAGGACAUUAUCACUGGAGACAUGCCAAAGGAAGUUCAACAACAAACCGAGGACGAAUGGGGUUCGAUUUCUACCAAGAAAUCGAGAAAGGACAAGGAGACACUUGAGUCUACCUUGUCUACCCCAUUGGAGCCCGAGGUUCCCAAUGUUGCUACUGAGCUUCCUGAGGAUAUUCCACCAAAUUCUGGAAAGCUAGAAGAGCUACUUCCAACUAUUGAGGACGUACCUGAUACUCAUACAUCUUUCCAGAUUCCACAGGUUGAUAAAAUUGUUUCCGAGCAUGAUCCUUUUGACACGUCACACGAUAAGAACGAUAAAAUGGGCAAGGGGAUCUCAAGCAGAGAACUCGACCCAGAGCCAGAAAUCCCAGCCUUGGCCAAUACCGUCGCGGUAUCCGAUUUACAAGAUAUCAAUUCCGGCGAGCGUCUCCUGACUUCUCCUAUUCCAAUACGAAACAUCGUUCCAGCAUCGAACCCAAUUGCGGAACCAGAUAUGACUUCACCUCCCUCAUCAUCUUCAUUCAAGCCGCUUAUCGAUGAGUCAAAAAAUCUAUCUACUGCAUUAGUACAAGUCCCUUCCAAAAAAGACAAGAGAAAACGUCAAGCAACAAUAAAUCUGAAAACGCCCAAAGAUGAUCAACGAACUUUUUGGGCAGAUGAAGUUCCCGAAGCAGAAGUUACCAGGGCUGUACCAGUCAUUGAAGAUAUUGGACGAGAUGAAUUCUAUUCUCAUAUUGCCAGCACGGUCAAAGAAUCCGACGCGAACGAAUUUUCUAGACCACCCGCCAAGAAAGGAAAGAAGAAUACGAGAAGAAAAUCAACCGAUAUCAAAGACUUCCAAUCAUCAAUGGGGGAAGAUUUAUCAAAAAUUGAACCAAUGAAGGAGCGCAAAGAGAUGCCGUCUUUAGUAGCCGCGACUGCAGCAAUUGUUAGUGCAGCAACGUUGGCUAGCAAGAGCAAAGAAUCAGAAGUUGGAGCUGUUGAGGAAGAUGAAAGCCCCAUGAUGGAAAUUUUAUCUGAGGAGGAAGAGCAUGGACUAAGUAUGGACAAGAUAGCACCAAGUGAUAACGUAUCUGAUGAUUCUGUGCCACGGGAAGACAAGGACUCAAAAGUUUCUGACGAGGUGAAGGAUGAAUCGGGAGAGAAGAAUGAUGAAUAUGACAGUGAUGGAUUUCCAGAUAUAAAUACGACUGUGCAAGAACCAGAGCAAAUAGAGAACAUCCAGGAUCCAAUGAUUGAGACAUCUGACAAGGCUGCUGCUGUGGAACCUCAAGAGUUUAGAACUCCUAGAUCUCUUAGCCCCGUUCUCGACAUAACAAGAUUCACUCAAGAGCCGGAGCAGAUGGACUCGAUGCAGCAAAAAGAAGUCGCCGAAACAUCCGAGUCAAAUAAGGUGGAACGUUCUAUUUUGCAUGAGCCAGAGGAGACCAAGACCAUUCAAGAACCAACGGAACAGAUUUCCACUGAGCAUGCGGAAGAUGAAAACACCGUUUUCCACCAGCCAAAACAAAUGGAACCCGUCCAGAAGCCAACGACACAAGUUCCUGCUGAGCCUACUAUUGUAGAACGCCAAAUCUUACAAGAAUCCGAGCAGAUUGGUGCCCCUCAAGAGCAAAUGGUGCAGAUUCCUGCCAAACCCUCGAUAAUGGAAGAUCGUGAAAGUACAACACCCACGCCACCUCGCAAUUUCGAUCCCAAUGACGACAAAACUCAAGAAACAGCACUAGCUGCCCAAACUUAUGCUUCGAGCAGUUCUUCAAGCCGGAGACGAUCACCACCUGCACGCGAACCAAGAGGAGAUCUGCCAGAAGAGUACCUCUCUAGACCAUCGAGAAGAGAUAUCGAGAAGAAGAGAAGGAAGAAGUCAAUCGAAGUUGACGAUACCCUAGAUCUUUUACCAGCACCAAUCCAAGAAGCCUUGCGGAAUACUAUUGUUGAGCCCCGAGCUAGAGAAACCAGUCCUUCGCCAAUCUCCUCUCCGAUAGCCGAACGAGCUAAAAGAGCUAGAUCAAGAUCCCGUCCUCCAUCUCGACCUGGAACACCUGGCUUGACAAUGCUACGAGAAGAAUCAGAGGAUGAGAAUGCUCUCAAUGUAGGAAGCAGAGACAGUGCUUUUAUCGGCGACUCUCCAAAUCCUCCUCAAGGAAACUUCGCAGACAAGCAUGAAGACAUUCGUGAUAGUGGCAUUCACUUAAGAGACAUUUCACCUUCCAUGCGUGUUAGAGCACCUGUAUCUUCAUCCGAUGCAGCUAUCGAUAGCAUGACGUGGCCUUCUGUGGAUGAAGAUGCUGGGACGGUUAAUCUUGAACAGCCGCAACGACCAAAAGUUGUGGAGGACUUAACACGUCAUGGCCAUGCAAUUGAUGAUCUGCCAUCUCAGAGACACAAAGAAGAGGGGUACACAGAUCUACAUAGAACGCGGGCAAUUCACAGAGCACAUUCACCUCAUGAAGAAAAGCAUAGGCUUUCUCGCAAAACUUCUUUAAGUCGUGGAGAACUCGCAGAAGCGAAUCAUGUAGACUUUGUCCGAUCCCAACGACUUAAGGCAUUCCAAACGAAAUCCAAGGAAAAGUUAUCUGAGCCUCCCCGAGCAGAAGCAAUCAACAAACCAGUGACGCCAGAAAAAGAACAUAGAAGACAUCGUGUCCACCGCUCCGAAUUUCCUGACGUCCAGUACCGUAAACCAAAGGAAAACAAAUACGGGGACCUUGAGCCAGUCAAACCCCCCAAAACUUCUAAAACUGAGCAGCGAAGUGUUUCCGAGAGUUCUCCAUCUUUAAUUGGAAGUGCAGCUCUUGCAGCAGCAGGAUCGGGAUUUGCAGCAGCAAGGAAGUUAAGUCAAGAAAGCCGACCUUUAAGUGCUCAAAGUCACAAAAGUCAAAGAUCCGCUUCAAAUAUCAGUGUUACUCGAUUGCGAACGCCGGUUCCAUUAGAUGCGCCUCAAGCGCCACAGUUCCCCGAUAGCGCUAAGACCAAUCGUUCGUUUACACCGCCACUUCGUCGUAGCGCCCGGAAAAUUAGCGGGGAUCCAAGAUCACUCCGUCAACAAAGCAACAUUGAUCUCGCUAAGGAAAUUGAUCCAGCCUCCAUCAAUACCGCUACAUCGACAACCUCAACAAAUACUGCAAAUCCAACUGCAAAUGAGGGCCGAGCCAGGGCGCAAGAUAUGGCCGAUGUCUACGAUGGCUAUGGUGAAGGCCACAUGGGCUCACCACGAUCCCCAACUCGACCUCACAGUAUGCGACGACGACAAAGUAUGCAAGUCUUGGAACUCGAAUCAAAAUUGGAUCAACUAACUGCGGAAAAUCGCGCGCUCGCCGAAUCUAAAGCUCAUGCCGAACAUAUGCUCCGAUCAAGCCAAGGUGCACCUGCGGCCUUGGUAGAAAGGGAUGCGCAAAUCGAUUUACUUAAACGAACACUGUCAUCGAUGCAAGAUGAGGUCAAAAGAUUGACUGAAGUGAAUGCGGGUCUUUCUAGUGCUGCUGUUACACUGGGUCAACAACAUAACGCAAGAUAUGGCACACUCGAAUCACAACAUGCACAAACUUCACGCGAACUCCAGCAGGCCCGCGAGGCUCAUCACAACCUACAAAGCGAAGUACAAGGCGUCAUACACAACGCUAUACAAGAAAGGGACCAGGAAAUUGCAUCGUUGCGAUCUCAAUUGGAUGUGGCCAAGGAACAAAUCCGGGCAAUGCAGAGGGAAAUUCUAGCUGCCAAAGCAGGUGACGCUCAAUUCCUGAUCAUCCGAGACGAGGACUAUUUCGAUAAUGCUUGUCAACAACUCUGCCAACAUGUUCAGCAAUGGGUACUUAGAUUUUCAAAGUUCUCUGACAUGAGAGCCUGUAGACUCACGAGCGAAAUCAACAACGAUAAAACCAUUGAUCGACUCGAUAAUGCCAUUCUAGAUGGCUCAGAUGUGGAUAGUUAUCUUGCGGAUAGAGUGAGGAGACGAGAUGUCUUCAUGUCAAUGACAAUGACAAUGGUGUGGGAAUUCAUAUUCACUCGCUACUUAUUUGGCAUGGAUCGAGAACAAAGACAAAAGCUCAAGUCAUUGGAGAAGGUAUUGUCUGAAGUUGGGCCACCAUCAGCCGUUCAUCAAUGGCGUGCUACGACUUUGACCUUGUUAUCCAAACGAGAUUCAUUCGCCAGACAAAAAGAACAAGAUACUUUAGCUGUGGUGCAUGCUGUUUUAGAGACCCUAACAGAGAUCUUACCUCCACCUAGUCACCUGGAAAAUCAAAUCGAGGAACAACUCAAACGUGUUAUAAAAGCUGCCGUUGAUCUCUCCAUAGAAAUGCGCACUCAACGCGCAGAAUACAUGAUGCUACCACCACUUCAACCCGAAUAUGAUGCCAAUGGCGAUCUCGCUAGCAAAGUCUCCUUCAACGCUGCACUCAUGAAUGAACGCAGCGGAGAUACCAUCUCUAACGAAGAACUCGAGGCACAAAGAGCUGUCGUCAGAGUUGUACUCUUUCCACUUGUGGUGAAGAAGGGUGAUGAUUUAGGACAAGGCGAUGAGGAAAUCGUAGUCUGUCCUGCUCAGGUUUUGGUUGCCAAACCCAGAAUGGGCAAGGGACCAGUGGGAAGGGUUUAUAGUCCGGCGAGUGGAGCGGACAUGGACAGGAGAAGUGAUAGGAGCCGAACUCCUGCUAGUUUGCAGAGCAGUAUGCCCGAUGCCAAUGUUAUUUGA